CAGUAGAGCUUUGUCUUGCAAGCAGCCACAAGAAUGGACUGUAGGUCUACACUGGCCUCUGAGAACAGCCACAGACAGCACGGGCUCUUCCUGCAGGAAGGUGACUUCUUCCCAUGCCAAGAGAGACCCUCCGGGCUUGAGGAGAGCGACGAGGACAGUGGGAGAGCUUGAAACCAGUGGUCCUCUGACCUUCCUUUUACAAAGUUAUUGGACGGUGUUUCUUAAGUAAAUGGGGGCUUGCUCCCAGCAGUUUCCAGCCAAGAGGAGCACAGCACUAAGGCUGAAUUUCUGGAGUUUUGUGAGGCGAAGUUACCCGCUCAGAAAAGCAAGCCCCAAACCUGAGAAAGUUCCGUGAGGGCGCUGGGGCAGGAAGCUGUCAGCAAAAUGGCACUUGGCUCUCUUUCAAAAGCUGGAGAUUUUCUAAGCCUCUGGCCUGCGCACCUUUGUACAGGGAGGUGUGCGCGCCCAGCAGGGAGAGGUGCUCCUCUUGCUCUUGGCACUCUCAGCUGCUCUCACACAUGCGCACAGACCUGUAGCCGGUGAUCUCAGGUGUGCGUGCGGCAGUUCAGCAGCUCCGCAGCCUGUUACUGAGCAACAAAUCCAGCACAGCCUCCUCACAAGAUCAGCUCCUGGAGAAGGUGAUUCACCUGCACGCAGACCGGCUGCCUGCUCCCCAGCCCAGCUCACACAGCUAUUCAUGAAGAAGCUGCUGAUCGUCUUAGCUGCACUUUCAGUGGUCGGCAUUGUGACUACACAGAGGUCAUCAUGUCUGAAACGUGCAGCAUUUUCUUCUACAAACUUUGAGAACAUCCUGAUAUGGGAAACAGAAGCAGACAUUCCCCCUGGCACCACAUUUGAUGUCCAAUAUAAGCAGUAUGGAGAAAAAUCCUGGCUGAACAAGCCUGAGUGCCAGAGCAUCACACAGCCCUUCUGCAACCUCACUCGUGAAACAGAAAACUUCACGGAGCACUACUACGCCAGGGUGAGGGCCACUGCCCAGAGCCACUGCUCCUCCAACUGGGUACGCUCAGAAAGAUUUGAACCCAGGAAAGAGACUGUUAUUGGAGCACCAGCAGUGGAGUACAUUCCGUAUGUACACUCCAUAAAGUUCCUUAUCCAGCCCCCCUACACUCCGCUGAGAGACGAGGAUGAGCAGCAGCUAACCGUAGAGGAUGUCUGUAGCAAAUUUGGUGCUGUGGAAUAUCACUUAACAAUAUUCAACCAAAGGACACACCAAAAGUGGACAAAGAAUGAGCACAACAAAGAAUUUGAAGUUUCCAACUUGGACCCAGACACUGACUAUAAUGGAACAGUAUAUUUAUCUCUCCUCCAGAGAAGCAGCAAAUCUCAAGUGUUUUGGGUUAAAACACUAGCAGACCACACGUGGCUCCUGUACUGCUCCGUGGCACUCGCCCUCUGCACUGGACUAGUGUUUGCUGCCGUUAGCCUUGGGAUCUACAAGUACGUCAAGCAGCAGAGCGCACAGCCCAUGUCUCUGGACUUCAGAGGGAUUUCGUCGUUCCAGCCUCUCACACUGACAGUGGAGCAUAUUAUAAAGCCCAUUAAUUUAUCCAAACCUUCACUUCUGAUCUCUGAAGCGCAGCUACCCCAGAUCAGCCAACAUGUGGACACAGCACCGGAGCCACCAUGGUCUUCCCGUCCACCAGAGACUCCGUACCGGCAGCAGUCGGAUGUGCCCACGCUCUGGCUGCCUGCGCAGCCGCCCUGUGUGGCCACUGCAGCUCCCAUGGGUUACACUCCCCGCGGAGACCAGCAGAGCAUUCCCACUGCCACAUCCAGCAAAGUCCUGCAGAGCAUUCCCACUGCCACAUCCAGCAAAGUCCUGCCCCUCACCUAUGGGGUGUGUGUCGACAGCACAGACCAUGCGGACAAGGAGAAUGUGCAGCCAAAGCAAAUGCUGAAGGGGGUCCCUCCGGAUUGUUCUGCUGCUGGGAAGCUCAGAACACAGGUGCUGGGCAAGAGCCACGACCAUGGGAAUUACAAAGAACAGGGACCAAACCUGGCACUGUGGGACAGCAGUGACACAGGGGAGACGGUUCUCUUAGAGGGGAGCCCUCAGCAAACACAGCAGCUGCUGCUGCAGACUGACGGGAUGGGAAGGAAAGUGCUGGUAUCCCGGCUGCCACUGCCUUUGCCGGAACAAGGAGGAUGCUACAGAAAACAGACAGCAGAAGUGCCUGCAGUGACAGCUGACACAGACUGUGCUCUGGAGGACAAGCUGCUGUCACCCCUGUCAGAAGCUCUCCUUUUCUCAGUCAGUGCUGGCAACAGCUUCCCUGCGGAGCGCACCCCGGAGCGCUGGGUGUUGCCAGGUUCAUUCUCACAUCCUGCAAAUAAACUGCAGUUCCCAGAGACUCAAGAAAUGGAAACGUUAACAGCAAUAAAGGGGCUCAGCUGCACAAAACUGGGCAACGCUGUGUCCCAAGACACUGCCACAGGCCGGGACAGCAGCACUCCUCUCACUAUGCUGUUCAAAGACCUGGACUUAAAAGUACUGUGGGAUCAGGAUGAAAACACGGAGUUUUAUUAAGCUGCCUUAAUGACACUGAAUUCCAGAUUACUUUGCUUGUAUGGAAUGGCAGCCCACCCUGCAAGCCAUGCAAUGCACAGAGACACAACUCACCUUGGCUGUGUUACUGGCUGUCAGGCUGUUCCCCCUGUUCUGUUGUGGAGACGGUUACCCUUGCUGAUUUAAAUCCUUCUUGGCACGCUGCAAUACUGUAUCUUUGCACUUAAAUAACAGGCCUUUAUUUCUUGUAUACUCUUCACAUGUAUUAUGAAUUGGACUACUUUAAAAGCUGAGUUAAGAUUCAAGUUCAAAUUCCAGAUUCAGUUUACUGAAUUAGCAAAAUUCACAACAGAAACCGUGUUUGCUCUUUACCAACACAAGGACCCAGGUCCAAGACAUACCCAUCCUUUGAAUUCAGGUGCAGACAUACGCAAACCUAAAAGCAUUAAAUUCAUCAUGGUACAGUAAAAGAAUCAACUGUCUGUUGGUGUUCUACCCUUGGAUAUAUGCUUUGUGCAAAACAACAGGCUAUUGCCAUGAAGUGGACUUUGCCUUUAAAGCAGCCACGGAAGCUGUACAAAUAGCUCCUGGUGCAGCAGUUCU